AUGUUCAACAACAAAAAAUUUGCAAAGAAACAGAAUCAAGAACUGGUUCAUCAACUGAAGGUAUGUGUAACUGUAAGACAGGAAAAUAAGCUGCUUGAGAGCUGCAAAUUGUUUUACUCACUCAUUAUUUGUACGGUAAGACGAAAAAACUUAAUACAACUGCCAUAAAUCACAACUUAAGUCAAAAUGUCUUGUGCAUUGGCACUGUAUUUUGAUAAAAUUAAUUACAGUUCUCUUUUCAAAUAAGAAUUGAGUAUUGUUCAUGUAUACAUAUCAUCAUGAUACCAUUUCAACAUUGAUCUGUUUCAUUUAAGGAUCAUGAGGAUCCAGAUGUGUGGUGCACAAAGAAAGGUGGUAAUGUCCCUGCACUCCUGAUGGAUAAGGAGCAUUGUUAUGUCAUAGUGGGAAGGAGCAUCCUGUUCAAGGUUCAAGUAAAUGAAUUACCGGAAGCUGUAGUUGCAUUCUUGGCUGCGUUCUACUUGCUGGAUGUCGACUACCCUAAAUGUCAUGAAAUUGGUAUGAAUCUACUACAAUAUUUCAUAUUUGAAGACAAGAAUGUCCCAAAAGAUAUUGCUGUGCACUUUAAUGCCCAGCUUUCAGCAUACAAAAAGUUCAAAACCGAUGCAGUGUAA